UGGCUGUAGCUUGCCAAGCGUGUAUAACUAAUCAAAUGUCAUUAAGUCACUUAUCGUAGUUUCUGUUGUUUCCAUUCUCGUCAUCAAACACGAAAAAAAGAAGAUCCGUGGCCUACUCAUGUGAAGUCUUCCAACUGAUUACAUAACUGUGGCAGCCAUUUUGUUCCCUCGGCAACAGUCCGUCGACAUUUGUUCGUGCGACUCCCCUGAGCUGAUACCAGACAGGACAAGAGGAAGAUGCUGGGGUUAGAGGUCAUCGUGCUCGGCCUUCUUUUCGGGACCCUGACACACGGCCAGACAUCGGAGUGCUCCAAGAAGAAUGAAUGUCCCAUCGACGUGUACUUCACCAUAGACACGUCUGAGACCAUCGCCCUGCAGGAGUCGCCCCCUGGAUCACUAGUGGAGAGCAUCAAGAAAUUCAGCGAGGAGUUUGUACAACGCCUGGACGAUGCUGACUUCAGAGGUGCUGUGCAGAUCAACUGGAACAUCGGUGGACUGCACUUCUCCCAGAAGCAGCAGGUGUUCAGUCGUAUCGGAUCCAAGACCGAUUUCAUCACUGGUGUCAGAGGAAUCCGGUACCUGGGCAAAGGCACCUAUAUCGACUGCGCCCUCACCAACAUGACCCAGGAAAUGCUGCGUUCACCCUCGUACCCAAGGUCCCUCCGAUUCGCUGUGGUCAUCACAGACGGCCAUGUGACUGGGAACCCGUGUGGGGGCAUCAAGGUGGCGGCAGAGAGGGCUCGCGAUGAGGGCAUCCGGCUAUUCGUCGUAGCGGCAACAAAGAACGUUGAAGAGACAGGUCUGAGGGAGAUCGCCAACUCUCCAGCGACGGUCUACAGGAGGGAAUUCAUGGCGGUGGAUCUGAGCCAGGGCAGAGCCAUCAUACACACGGACACCAUCGACCGGAUCAUUAGCACAAUGAAACAUUUGGCGUACGUAGAGUGCUACAAGGUUUCCUGUCUGGAGACUCCAGGGCCUAAUGGUCCGAAAGGUCACAGAGGACAAAAAGGAGCUAAAGGUGACAACGGCGAUCCAGGUCUGAAAGGAGAAAGGGGUCGCCAAGGAGACCCGGGUAUUGAGGGUCCCAUCGGUCAGCCCGGUAUCAAAGGAGAACCAGGUCUUCUGGGCGACAAGGGAGAGAUUGGAGCUCAGGGGAAGAAGGGUGUGGCUGGCAUCGGAGGACGCAAUGGCACUGAUGGACAGAAGGGUAAAAUUGGACGGAUCGGUGCUCCAGGCUGCAAAGGAGACCCAGGCGACAGAGGUCCCGAUGGUCACCCUGGGGAUGUCGGUGAACGCGGCCCUUUUGGAACUGAUGGAGAGAAGGGAGAUCCCGGCCGCCCCGGUAGAUCUGGUCCUCCUGGCACGUCUGGAGAGCCUGGACCGAAGGGAGAGAGGGGAAGUCCUGGAUCACCUGGCAUCCCCGGACAGAAAGGAACCCCAGGAACUGCUGGACUUGGAGGAAGCAAAGGAGAGCUGGGAAGGAGAGGGGACUAUGGGCCAAAGGGUGCUGAAGGGCCAGAUGGAGUUAAGGGAGAAAAGGGUGAAAUGGGGUCCGAGGGCUUGCGAGGGCUUCCAGGUGAAUCGGGAAACAAAGGUACAAAGGGAGACAAUGGUUUGCCAGGCCCCAGAGGAUCACCAGGGGCCCCAGGGGAGUCUGGGAGAAAUGGUACAAGAGGUGACCCUGGUGAUGCUGGGCCAAGAGGGGAGUCCGGACAGCCUGGACCAAAGGGAGAUAAUGGAAGACCUGGCUUUGGCUAUCCUGGACCAAGAGGGCCAUCGGGUGACAGAGGAGAGAAGGGUAAUCGUGGACCCCGUGGCAGCAGGGGAGACUGUGGUCAUAAAGGCGACCCUGGAACUAAAGGAACCCCGGGAGAAUCGGGUGAGCCAGGGCCUCAUGGUGAACCUGGCCUUAGAGGACCAAGAGGAGAGCUUGGACGUGACGGCGACCCAGGCCCCGAGGGAGAUCCCGGCCUCACUGAAUGUGAUGUCAUGAACUACAUCAGGGAGACAUGCGGCUGCUGUGACUGCGAGAAGCGCUGCGGAGCCCUGGACAUUGUGUUUGUGAUUGACAGCUCAGAGUCAGUGGGCUUCACCAACUUCACCCUGGAGAAGAACUUUGUCAUCAACACCAUCAACCGACUGGGAUCUCUUGCCAAAGACCCCCAAUCAGACACAGGUACAAGAGUGGGAGUUGUUCAAUACAGUCACAAUGGAACGUUUCAGGCCAUCCGACUCAAUGACCCCAAGAUCGACUCACUGUCUUCCUUCAAGGAUGCAGUGAAGCGUUUGGAGUGGAUCGCCGGAGGGACGUGGACUCCAUCUGCUCUGAAGUACGCUUACGACAACCUGAUCAGGGACAGCCGCAGAGCCAAAGCCAACGUCACUGUGGUGGUCAUCACCGAUGGACGCUUUGACCCGAGGGAUGAUGACUCGCUGCUCACCUACCUCUGCAGGGAUGAGAGUGUCGACGUGAGUGCCAUCGGAAUCGGAGACAUGUUCGACCAGAUUGAGGAGAAUGAGAGUCUGAAGAGCAUCGCCUGCCAGAGGGAUGGCAGGGUGCUGGGCAUGAGGCGCUUUGCAGACCUGGUGGCAGAGGAGUUCAUCGACAAGAUCGAAAACGUGCUCUGCCCAGAGCCUAUCAUUGUAUGCCCUGAUCUCCCCUGUAAAUCAGAGCCUGCAGUGGCGAGCUGUGUUCAGCGCCCAGUGGAUGUGGUGUUCAUGUUGGACGGUUCUGAGAGGAUGGGACUGGAGAACCACCGCAAGGCCAAGGAGUUCAUCGAGAACGUGGCCCGUCGCCUCACCCUGGCCAAUGGCCCGUUGGAUGAGAGGAACGCCCGCUUUGCUCUGCUGCAGUACGGCAGCCCGACGGAACAGAGGGUGGAGUUCUUGCUCACACACAAUCUCACAGUGAUCGCUGAUUCACUGGCAUCUGUGAACUACAUGGACUCCUCUUCGGCUCUGGGCAGUGCCAUCAUCCAUGCUGUCAACAAUGUGGUGAUUUUACAGAGGGGAGAACGCAAGACUCGCCGCAACGCUGAGGUGGCCUUUGUGUUCAUCACUGAUGGCAUCACCUCCAGUGAGCAGCUGGAUGAGGGCGUAACUGCCAUGAGACGAGCGGAAGGGGUCCCCACGGUGAUCGCCAUGGGAACUGACACAGAUGAAGAGGUGCUGCGGAAGGUGUCCCUAGGAGACAUGUCGGCCGUCUUUAGAGGAAAUGAUUACACCGUGCUGAACAAACCCUCAUUCUUUGAGCGCUUUGUCCGCUGGAUAUGCUAGUGGGGAACUGUAACGCUGUACACCAAGUAGAAUCUGUAGAGUGAGAGAAAGGCCUUCCUUCAGUGUACACGUUAACACUCACAAAGUGCAUCAACAAACCUCUGUGAUCAUUAUCAUUAUGAAUGAUGGAUGUAAGGCACUGACAUAUCCUGUUUUUUUUUAUUGGUGAAGAUAAAUUUACAAAGCCAAAACAGUAGGAGCAGCACACACAGGAACAAAAACAUAGGCUAGCAAAAAUCACUUUGGUUGUGCUAUUUGUCCUAAAGACAUGGUCGGCACGCCAAACCAAAGACACUAAGUAUCACAGUGAAGAGGUGUAUGAUUAUUGAAUGUGUACGAAAGCAAAUGCUUUAUUUUGUUUUAUCUUGUAUUGAUUUUCAAUUUGGAGAAUCUCUCUCUCUCUCUCUCUCUCUCUCUCUCUCCCUCUCUCUCUCUCUCUCUCUCUCUCUCUCUCUCAGUCUCUCUUCACAUUGUCACAUUAAUUACAUUAAAGGUGCUAAAAUAGAAAAAUGGACAAAGCCAUCCGACUGGUUUUGAUGUGUUUUUUUAUCAUGUAAUGCUAUUAUAACUGUGGUUUGUUCAGGGGAUAAAAAUACACACCAAGACAUGUCUUCUCCAAGAAAACAAAAAUCACACCUAAAUGCCCAGCAUUCAACCACACAGGAAUCAGACAUGAACACACACACACACACACACACACACACACACACACACACACACACACACACACACAGACACACACACACACACUGUGGUUAAUUAGACAGACAAAGAAGCCAAAUCUGUAAACAUAAAGUCCAAAUAAAGCCUAAUGUGGUCACCCCA